UUUCGUGGAGAGUCUAAUUAUUUUCUUCCACUUUCUCUCGAUCUUGAGAUUUCUUUGAAAAGAAGAAAAAAAAAAACAAGAACUCACGAUGUCCGCCGAAUCAGCUAGCCAAAUUCCUAAGGGACAGGUUGAUCUGCUAGAUUUUAUUGACUGGUCUGGUGUUGAAUGUCUGAACCAAAGCUCAAGUCACUCUUUGCCCAAUGCUCUCAAACAGGGAUACAGAGAAGAUGAAGGUUUGAACUUGGAGAGUGAUGCUGAUGAGCAGCUUCUGAUCUAUAUUCCUUUUAACCAAGUUAUCAAACUACAUUCCUUUGCUAUCAAAGGCCCUGAAGAGGAAGGUCCCAAAACUGUAAAGUUCUUCUCGAACAAAGAGCACAUGUGCUUCAGCAAUGUCAACGAUUUUCCUCCAAGCGACACUGCUGAACUAACUGAAGAAAACCUUAAGGGGAAACCGGUUGUCCUUAAAUAUGUUAAGUUUCAGAAUGUUCGUAGCUUGACGAUCUUCAUUGAAGACAACCAAUCGGGAGCUGAGGUCACAAAGGUUCAGAAGAUUGCUCUAUAUGGUUCAACGGUGGAGACGACUGAUAUGAAGGGAUUGAAAAAGAUUGAAGAUCAUUGAGCAAACAACAAAAGUGUUUUGAUCAUAUAUAUGAUCAUAUAUCACUUUGAUUUCUAGUGUUCUAUUGUGGUUUCUAUCUUUUUCAAUUACUUUUUUUUUUUUUUCUUUUUCAAGUUUUUAAAUUAAAAUAGACCAGAACUUGCGAUUGCCUGUUUGCAGAGGAGUGCAAAACGAAUGAUAUUUUCAAUAACAAUUUGAAAAUUCCUCUUGCAAAUUAUAAACAGUUUGGUAGGACUCAACUUCUCUCUUCAUGUGUUUUCUGUUCUUGUCUGUAUUACUGAUAAUUAGCUUUAGUGGGAGAGAUUACAUA